GGCUCUCUCUCCCUCUCUCUCUACUAGGUAACACCCCGGGGCUGCCGACUGGAAAUCCGUAGAUAAAUACCUACCUAGGUAUAAAUAACAUCUGCCUACCUACUUAUCUACACUCGAAGCACGCAGCCCCGCUACCAUGCUCGAGAUCUGGUGCAGCGGCACGCCCCACGAGAUCGGCCUCGCGCACGGCCGGCAGGCCAAGGACAAAGUCGCUGGCUCCGUCGCGUUCUACAAGCAGCUGUUCCAGGAGACGUGCGCGCUGGGCUGGGACGAGGCGCUGCGCGAGGCCGAGCGCUACGUAGCCCCGCUGGAGGCGCUGGCGCCGCGGCACCUGGCCGAGAUCCGCGGCAUCGCCGAGGGCGCCGCGCUGCCGUUCCUCGACGUGCUCGCGCUCAACGUGCGGUCCGAGAUCAACUUCGGGCUCUUCACCGACGAGGCUGCCGGCCGCGGCCGCGACGUGCCCAGCGACGGCUGCACCAGCCUCGGCUGGCUCGUGCCCCCCGGCGACGGCGGCGGCGGCGGCGGCGGCGCCUCCUCCUCUUCCUUCCUCAGCCAGAACUGGGACUGGCGCGCCGAGCAGGCCCCCCACCUCGUCGUCUGCCACAUCGCCCAGCCCGGCACGGCCAUCCCCGACCUCGUCAUCGUCACCGAGGCCGGCAUCGUCGGCAAGAUCGGGCUCAACGCCGCCGGCGUCGGCGUCGGGCUCAACGCGAUCCGCUGCCGCGGCGUCGACCGCGCGAAGCUGCCCGUGCACCUGGCGCUGCGCGCGGUGCUGGAGGCGCCGUCGCGCGCCGAGGCGGUGCGCCGCAUCCGCGCGGCCGGCGUCGCCGUCGGCGCGCACCUGCUGGUGGGCGACGCGACGGGCGCGACAGGGCUCGAGUGCACGAGCUGGUGGGUGCGCGAGCUGGCCAUGGACGCGCGCGGCCGCGUCGCCCACUCGAACCACCUGACGCUGGCGCACCCGGACGUCGAGGAGCCGCCGUGGCUCGCCGACUCGCCCGCGCGCCUGGCCCGCAUCCGCGCCCUCACCGCCGCCAUCGCCCGCCCCGACGCCGGCGCCCUCUUCGACGUCUACAAGGACCUCGACGGCUACCCCGCCUCCAUCAACCGCAAGCAGGAGGGCGUCUCCAAGUCCCAGACCCUGUUCACCAUCAUCAUGAACCUAACGGCCAAGACCGCCCAGGUCACCUUCGGCCGCCCCACCGAGUACAGCACCCGCGUUUUCCUGUCGUUCUAGGAUGGGGAAAGGAAGGCUUUGCUGGGCCGGACCGGGGCUGUUGUCGGGUGCGCUGUCUCGUACAGAAAUGACGAUCUAGGUGUAUCGACGC